AUGGCGGAAACCCGAGUCAGAGGCGGUUGGAACAGGCAGACGACACGCAAUGCGAAGCAGGCUCGGAAUAAAAGGGAGCAAGAGGAUGAUGAUAGGAAAAAGGGAGGUCGUGUAAUUUGCUCCGCCGCCGUGCUAUUCCAGGGUGAGAGUGAGGACAAAUUCCGCCGCGUACUACACGCCGCGGAAUGCCACGCGGCGAUCGCGCUAAGCGCGGCCCGCUGCGCAGGUCUUUCCCCAGCCCCGUUUCCCCCGACCCCACUUCUCGCGCCGCUUCUCUCUGCCCACGUCGUCCCCACGCACGUCUUUUACCACUCUCUUUGUCCCCUCCUCCGCCUUUCUAAGGCGGCGAUUUGCCGUCCCCCCAUCCACCCGCCGUCCUGCCAUCCGCCCCGCCGUUCCCCCACCCGCCCCGCGCCGUCCCCCCACCCGCCCCGCGGUUCCCCCACCUGCCCCGCGGCCGUUCCCCUAUCCUCCCCGCCGUUCCCCAGAUCCGCCUCACUAAGACGAGUACCCAUCCGCCGUCCCCCCGUCCGCCCCGUCGUCCCCUAUCCGGCCCGCGGUCCCCCCAUCCGCCCCGCGGUCCCUCCAUCCGCCCCGCCAUCCGCCUCACUAAGACGAGUACCGCCCCGCCGUCCCCCAUCCGCCCCGCGGUCCCCCCAUCCGCCCCGCCGUUCCCCCAUCCGCCCCGCGGUCCCCCAACCCGCCCCCCCGUUCCCCCACCCGCCCCGCCGUUCCCCCAUCCGCCGACCCCGCACCCCGCUCCGUCCCCCAUCCGACUUGCCCCGCCAACUUCGGCGGUCUCCACUCGCUUUACCUAAUCUGCUUCCCCCUUUCCAUCCGCCAUCAUCCAUUUGCCUGCCCCAAUCCGCAUUCAUCCCACCCCCCUUCUCCGAUCCGCGUUCCCCAAAUCCGCCUUCUCCUCAUUCACCUUCCCGUCGUCCAAUUUCCCGCCAUCCGCGGCCCGCUCAUCCGCCGUCCCCCUUCCGCCGUCCCCCGAUCCGCUCGCCCUACAUCCUCCUUCCCCAGAUCCCUUCCUCCCAUCCGCUUAUCCCCCCCCUCCCCUCCCCCCCCCCCUCCCGCCCCUUCUUUCCCCCACGCCUGCCUUUCUCCCAUCCCCAUCCGCAUCCGCCUUUCCCCUAUCCCUCCCCCUCAUCUGUAUUCCACACAUCCUCCUACCCCCCAAUUCCCCUUGCCUCUUCCCCACAUCCGCCUUCCCCCUCCCCAUCCGCCGCCGCCCAUCUUCCUGCCCCGAUCAGCCUCUCGCCCGCCAAUCCCCCAUCCGCGUUCCCAAAUCCGCAUUCCCGCCAAUCCCCCAUCCGCGUUCCCCAAAUCCGCAUUCCCGCCAAUCCCCCAUCCGCGUUCCCCAAAUCCGCAUUCCACUAUCCCCCCGUGUUCUCACCAUCUUUCGAUGCCCUUCAAAUUUUGAGCUUUCUCCCCAUCUGCCCAUCCCCCAUCCACUUCCUUCGGAAAGAAUUAGAAGUAUUGGGGUUCGAAUCCCCCAUCCGCUCUCUCUGUCUCCUCUCCCUCCUGCAUCCCCUUGCGCCCUGGUUCACAGUGCUGGUAACGGCGUGGGUGCUGUGUGGGCUGGCCGUAGCAGCAUGGCUGCUGUGGGACCGGCACUCGCAGUACGAGAGCCGCAGGGAGGAGGCGCUGGGCGUGUGGUGCAAGGAGCGCGCCCUCAUGCUGCAGCAGCUCGUGCUGACCAAUGUGGGGCAGACCCAGACCCUCACAGGCAUCAUAUCAGUGAUGGGCAAGCCGGGGCGGAGGGGCAAGUGGGAGCUGGACAGGUGUUUGAACGGCAGCACGUGGGAGGCUUACCUUACUCGCAUUGCCUAUGCUCGCCCGGGGAACACGGGGGCACUCUCCUGUGUCUUUGUCCCGGACGAGGAGAGGGCCUCUUUUGAACGGCAGUACGGCAGCAUUAGAGACAACACUCUAAACGUCAGUGCCCACCGCCCCAUCUACUGCCCCAAGAUUCUCCAAUUCUCCACAACAGUGGCCAUGAACGGCACGCAGAAUGUUGAUCUCAUGAAGCGGUUUCCCACAGAAGUUCCGCUGGCUGUGGAGGGAAGGCCUUUCUACACGUGGCCAUACCCCCUGGCUAAUUCGUCAACCAAUGCUGGGUUCGGUGUGGCCUUUCCUCUUCGCCGCACUCUCCCACCAAGCCAGUCGCAGCAUGGAGCCGUGUCGAUGGUGUAUGGGACGCUUGCUGCAUCCGUCGACGUGACAUCCAUUGCAAAGAAAGUCGUGCAAGAGUUGUACGCACCUGACCCAUCAAAGUCCUUUGAGCUCUAUGACGUCGCGAACAGAUCGAACCUCUUUGCCAUAGUCUCGCCCGUACCGCUGCACAUCUACGUCCUCCCCACCGAUCCCGCCGCUCGCAUGCUUCCCUCGCCUGCAUCCGAAACCCGCCCCUGGGAAAGGCCGGCUAUGGUGCCUCUGGAGGAGCUGGGGGCUGGCGUGCGCAAGUAUGAGGUUUGGUGCAGACACACACAACCUUCCAGCACGUGGCAAUCGUGGGGCAUCCCCAUCCUCAUCGCCCUCUUCGCCCUCCUCCUCGUGCUGCUCGUGCUGGUAGCCGCUCGGAUCCAGCGAGCCCAGUUCUUCCAGACGCAUCAGCAGAUGGCAGUUGCAGACAAACUGAGGAAGGAAGCAGAGGACGCAGAGGCGUCAAAGAGCAUGUUCGUGGCGUGCAUGUCUCACGAGCUCAGGACGCCGAUGACUGGGAUUAUCGGCAUGAUCGAUGCUUUGGCAGACAUGUCUCUCCAAAGCUCUCAGCUAUCGGACCUCCUCACGGCACGGGGUUGUGCGAUGGAUGCACUGCAUCUGGUCAACCGCGUGUUGGACCUGGCGAAGCUGGAGGCAGGCAAGGCGGUGGUGGAUGAGACGAGCUUCAUGGUGCGCGAGUGGCUUCACGAGGCAAUGGAUUGGCAUAUGGAGGUGGCACGUUUCAAAGGCAUAGAAUUGCACGGCAUUGUGGACGACAACGUUCCGGGCCACAUCGUUGGCGAUCAGAUGCACCUCUCCAAAGUGCUCAAAGAGAUCACAGAUAACGCCGUGAAGUUCACGGAGCAAGGCCGCGUGACAGUGCGGGUGUCCCUGGUGCCUCGAGGGACAAGCUUGCAAGACGCCCUUCGUUGCCAGGGUCUUUUCACAACCGCCGCUCAUGCACCUGCUUCCACUCUCACCGUCUUGGCUGCCUGGUUCUCCUCAUCAUGGCACUGGCUGAAGGAGGCCGUGAGGAGAUUGCCAGCAGCAGCAGCAGCAGCAGCAGCAGCAGCAGCAGCAGCAGCAGCAGCAGCAGCAGCAGCAGCAGCAGCAGCAGCAGCAGCAGCAGCAGCAGCAGCAGCAGCAGCAGCAGCAGCAGCAGCAGCAGCAGCAGCAGCGGCAGCGGCAGCAUCAAGUGCAUCAAGCAGCCCUUCAAGGGAUCGGCCUGCUGUGCUGGUGGUGACGUGCCGGGACUCGGGAUGUGGCCUGCCAGCGUCCCUCCACGGAAUUCACGGCAGCAAGGAGCCUUCGCACUUUUCGCUAGCAGUGAGUUGUUGUUCAUUAGCUCUCUUGUCGCUGGUGGUGUCAUGCCGGGACUCGGGGUGCGGCCUGCCGGCGUCUCUCAUAAGAAUCCACCGCAGCAGGGAAGGGGCGUCGCACUUCUCGCCAGCAGAGUUGCACGAGACAGGGAGUGGAUCAGGGGCAUCACUUGGCCUUGUGCUCAUGCACCAGAUUGUGACUCUAAUGAAGGGGGAGAUUGCCUUUGAUUCCCAGCCUGGCUGCUUGCGGGCGGCGGCGGAUGAGGCGGUGACGCGGGCGUGGGUGGGGGGGCUGCGAGUGCUGGUGGUGGACGACACGCCCGUCAACCUCCUCGUGGCCCGCCGCUCCCUCGCCCGCUGGGGCGCCCAAGUCACCACCGCCUCCCACGGGCAACAAGCAGUGGACUUAAUCGCUGCUGGGGUCAAGGAGAGCAGAAAGCUGGACGACGGGAGAGGGCAGAAGGCCGUUGACCCAAUUGCUGCUGGCGUGGCAGGGAGGAUGGGGGAGGAAGCUGCUGGCUUACUGGCUGCUGGGUUGGUAGAGGGAAGAGGGGAGGAGGGGGAGAGAGGGGCGAUUGGCGAGCUAGUGAGAGCAGGUGCUGGGAGGGCUGGCGAGAUGGUUGAGAGUAGAGGCAAGGGGAUAGCGGCUGGGGAGUUAGUUGGAAGCAGUGCGGAUAGUAGGGAUGGGUGCGGGGCGAGGGGAGUGAGCGAGAGAGGAGCGGAUGAGAGAGGAGGGAGUGGAAGAGGAAGGGGUGGAAGAGGAGAGGAUGAUAGAGCAGGAAGUGCAUCGUUGCAGCAUGGCUUCGACUUGGUUCUCAUGGACCUGCAGAUGCCGGGCAUGGACGGGGGCGACGUCAAGGCCUGGAGGCAUGGCGAGCAGAGAAGGGCUGACUGGGACAGAGGGGAUUCUACAGCAGGGAGGGAGAUGGGAGGGCGCAGGGAGGGGAGCAGCAGCGCCCAGGGAGAUGCACAGGCGGGGAGUGAGCUGCGGAGGGGACUGGGGGGGACGGCUGGUUCGUCUUCUCUGAGCGCCUCUCCCCUAAAAGCCUCCAACGCUGCUGCAAACCCUGAUGCUGCUGCUCCUCCUGGUGACAGCCAGCCCUUGUCUCUGCGGGUGCCCAUAGUGGCUCUGACAGCAGACGUGGAUCGCGGAGUGGUGCAGAGGUGUGCAGAGGGGGGGUUUGACGGUGUGCUGCAGAAGCCAGUGGAUGCCCACCUGCUCGCCGCCCACCUCUCCCACAUACACUUCCAUCGCUCCCUCCACCAGUAG